AUGGCCCGUACCAAGCAGACAGCCCGCAAGUCCACUGGUGGCAAGGCCCCACGUAAGCAGCUCGCCUCCAAGGCUGCUCGCAAGUCCGCACCAUCUACCGGUGGUGUCAAGAAGCCACACAGAUACAAGCCAGGUACCGUCGCUCUCCGUGAGAUCCGUCGCUACCAGAAGUCGACCGAGCUCUUGAUCCGCAAGCUUCCUUUCCAGCGUCUCGUCCGUGAGAUCGCCCAGGACUUCAAGAGCGACCUCCGCUUCCAGAGCUCCGCCAUCGGUGCUCUUCAAGAGUCCGUCGAGGCCUACCUCGUCUCGCUCUUCGAGGACACCAACCUCUGCGCCAUCCACGCCAAGCGUGUCACCAUCCAGAGCAAGGACAUCCAGCUCGCACGCCGCCUCCGUGGUGAGCGCUCGUAA